AUGAACAGGGGAAAUCCAUCGCGCACAGUUUAUUUAGGUUCGAUACCGUAUGACCAAACAGAACAACAAAUAUUAGACCUAUGUCAGACGAUAGGACCAGUAACGGCAAUGAAGAUGAUGUUUGACCCAACGACGGGUAAAUCUAAGGGUUAUGCUUUUAUUGAAUUCAAAGAUUUGGCAACUUCGGCAAGUGCAGUUAGAAACUUGAACGGGUAUACAUUGGGUUCAAGAUCGUUAAAGUGCGGAUACACCACCGGUAGUGGCAUAAACGGCAGCGGAUCUGGCCCCGGAGAUGAAGAGGAGAAUGGAAACAUGGUUGAGGAUGUGAAGUUCCCAUGGCUCCCGGUAGGGGUGGACGUUAACAUCAAUAUGACUACACCAGCAAUGUGUAUCAGUAGUGAAUUGGGGAAGCUACAAAAGGACCAACAGAUGGCUCUACUAAAAGUAAUCCAACAUUUCUGUAAAGACGACAAGGAAACUUUCGUAGCACUCCUAGAAGAGGCACCUCAAUUGAGCUAUGCUAUUGCGGAACUCCUGUUGAGUAACGGUGUGUGCAGUGUGGACCAAUUGACACAAUUGGCUAUGGCGAGUAAACAAAGGCCAGAGGAACAGACUGAUAACACAGUGGAAGACGGAUUAGACGAAGAGAAAGUGGAUCUUCUAAGGCAAGUUCUACAGCUACAGGAUUCAGAUAUAGCAAUGCUUCCGCAAGACGAAAAGAUGGCAGUUUGGGAACUCAAACAGAGGGCAAUGAAAGGUGAAUUCGGUCAUCUUUAA